GUUGGUUAGAAAAGUUUUGCUCAUUUUGCCAUCCCAAUUCCAAACUUCAUCAGUUGUCUCCUCUUGGAGACAAGUAAGCACACCAACUGUUUGAUUAAACGUCCACCUGACUCAAUCGUUGUUUCUCACUUCAUCCACCAUGAGGCUGUACCAUGUGUUUGCCGACCUUCUACACAUUCAGAUGCUUCGGAGACUUGUCUCCUAUACUGGAUUCUUUUGCUUCACAGCGGGAUUGACCUACGCUUACACAAGUAAUACAACUAGAGCUGGGUAUUCUCGCGGUGAUCAAUUCUAUGCGUCUUACCCAGCGGGAACUGAGCUUUUAGUGGAUACCACAAAGUUGUAUAAGGCUGCGCUUGGUAAUUGCUUUGAGAUAGAAGAAUGGGGACCUAUUGAGUACUCCAUCAUGGCAAAACACUUUAAUCGUCAGGGCAAUUCGGCAUAUGAGUAUCAUUCUCAAUACAUGGCACACAUUCUCUCUCUUGGACAAAUUGAUGGAACUGGCUAGAAAGAAAAUAUCAUAGGGCUGCCAAAUGAUAAUAGAAAAAUUAGAAAACCCAAAGCAAAAGCAAUAUCUGUACUUAAUUGGAUCCUACAGGAGCAAGUAAUGUGAUUAAUGAGUAUGUGAGAUCCAUGUUUUUAUCUGAUUCUCUUGAUGAAUUUACUAAAAGCUAUAAUUUUAUUGGUAAAGAUACCAACACAUGUAGUUAUUGAAGCAUUCAUAUUUUAUGCAUCUAUGUUUUCCCAUAAA